AUUGAGAUGAAAAUCCUAUGGGGCACAGUUGUACCCUGACACACAUGGAGUCUGAGCCCGCUCCUCCGGAACUGUUUUUUUUUCCUUCCCUGCAGAGGCAACUUUUUUUCUGGACCUAGCUCAUGCAUCCGGGAUCGUGGCCAAGGCCUGGGUCACUGCCGCUCCGCCCUCACGCGGCGACAUGCAGACAGUCCCCGAGACUCCCCCACCUUUGGUUGCGUGGUGGUGAGCGGGAUCGCUCCGGCCAAGGCCGCGGUGGGCGGGAUCUGAGGCGGGGUUAUUAAGGCGCAGCCGCGGUGCGCUGGGGACUUCGUGUUCCGAGGGCUGCAAGCGACGCCGGGGCUCUCGGGGUUUGCGACUGCCGGCGCCGUCGUCAUGUCUCGGAUGCUGUCGGAGACGCGGGCCGCCUCGGGCGUCCCUGCCCGGCCGGCCACGGUGCUGGGCGCCAUGGAGAUGGGGCGCCGCAUGGACGCGCCCGCCAGCGCCGAGGCCGUGCGCGCCUUCUUGGAGCGCGGCCACACGGAGGUGGACACGGCCUUCGCGUACGGCGACGGCCAGUCUGAGAGCAUUUUGGGAGGCCUGGGCCUCCGGCUGGGCGCCAGCGGCUGCAAAGUAAAAAUUGCCACCAAGGCCAAUCCAUUGUUUGGGAAGUCACUGAAGCCUGACAGUCUCCGGUCCCAGCUGGAGACGUCACUGAAACGGUUGCAGUGCACCCAGGUGGACCUCUUCUACCUACAUUUGCCUGACCACAGCACCCCUGUGGAAGAGACUCUGCGUGCCUGCCACCAGCUGCACCGGGAGGGCAAGUUUGUGGAGCUUGGCCUCUCCAAUUAUGCUGCCUGGGAGGUGGCUGAAAUCUGUACCCUCUGCAAGGCCCAUGGCUGGAUCCUGCCGACAGUGUACCAGGGCAUGUACAACGCCACCACCCGGCAGGUGGAAACAGAACUGUUCCCCUGCCUCAGGCAUUUUGGAUUGAGGUUCUAUGCCUACAACCCUUUGGCUGGUGGCCUACUGACUGGCAAGUACAAGUACGAGGACAAGGACGAGAAACAGCCCGUGGGCCGCUUCUUUGGGAAUAAUUGGGCUGAGAUCUACAGGGAUCGCUUCUGGAAGGAGAACCACUUCAAGGCCAUUGCCCUGGUAGAGAAGGCCCUGCAGGCUACUUAUGCCUCCAGUGCCCCCAGCAUGACCUCGGCCUCCCUGCGGUGGAUGUACCACCACUCCCAGCUCCAGAGUGCCCGUGGGGAUGCGGUCAUCCUGGGCAUGUCCAGCCUGGAGCAGCUGCAGCAGAACUUGCGGGCGAGUGAGGAAGGGCCCCUGGAGCCUGCCGUUGUGGAUGCCUUUGACCAAGCCUGGCAUUUGGUUGCCCAUGAAUGUCCCAACUACUUCCGUUAG